AUGCCUGCCAUAAUAGGUCCCACUGAUGUGAACACAUCAUCACCGGCCACCACCCCUGUAGGACCCAAACCAGGAGUGCCUCGAAAUGUGUCGAUGGAGAAGAUGGCUCAGGGAUGGGUCAUAUCGUGGUUACCGCCGCUCAACACAUCCGUUGUGGUCGCCUACUAUCGGAUCGAGUUUAAGGAAGAGGACAAUCGGUGGCAAUACAGCGAACCCAUCGCCAAAGACACCGCAUAUUUAGUAAAAAAUUUGGAGGUGGGAACCAAAUACACAUUCAGAGUGUGGGCGUACUCUAUAUUAGGCAACGGGGAAGUGAGCGAACCAUUAGAGUACAGAAUACCUGGAGCUGGUGAUGGCAUAAAGGGCGCCCGAGCUAUCACUGCCGGAAUCGUAGGGUCGGUCCUAUUUUUCGUGACGGCAAUAGUUCUGUCCGUUUGUAUCGUUAAGAUCUGUAAUAAAAGGAAACGAAGACAAAUGGAAAAGGCUUAUAUGAUGGUUACCUGUCCUGUCAUGGAUGGCAUGAAUGGUGGUCACCAUUCACACGGUGAUAGUCCAGUGCCUUUAAAACAGUAUGUACUCCGGGAAGCCUUCUCGUCAUCAAAAAAAGUGUUUCCGUUCCGCAAAGAUUCCGUUCACAACACCUUCAACGACGAUCAGCUGAGCCCAGACAUGUGGCCGGACGUGAUAGUACACCCGUUGGAGUUCAGUCAAUUGAAGCGCUUGGAGCCCAUUGGAGAGAUGACCCACACCUCCAGGUUUCACCCCCUGCGCGACGAAGAGCUAUGA